CGGAUGUAGAAUUUGUAAACAUCCGGCGGAGGACUAAAUGUCCAAUUUCUAUUAAUUGGCUAAAUUGCAUGAAAAUACUGUAACCAUGUGAAGAAAAUUAGCCCUUUUCAAAGGUGUUGAGAAAAAACAAACUAUGGAUUUAGAGAGAAGAUUGUUUCGGACUAUGAUUACAUCAGAAUGUCCUAUGGUAUUCAAGCAUGCUGUGGAUGAUUGGCAGAGUCUUCAGUGGACACCAGAAUAUUUGUGCAACUGUCUAGGAGACCAACUUUUAGAUUGUAAAAUAUCAAUAAUACAACAUGAAGAAUUUCAAUGGGAACCAGACUGCUUACAUUUGAAGAUAAGAAUGAGACAUUAUGUAGAGUGGUUAGUUGGGGAGGCAGACUUGAACAACCCUCUCCGAUUGUUUGAUAAAACCAAGUAUUCCUGUUACAUUGAUUAUAAGUACAUGAAGGAUAUGUUUAAAGACCAACCACAUCUAUUAGAGUCUAUUUCCUGGGAUAUGUUUGGCCUGACAGAGCAUGGAGGAGAAGAGAGUACAAUCUGGAUAGGAAGUUGUGGUACAUACACACCAUGUCAUCAGGAUACAUAUGGCUUUAACUUGGUGGCCCAGAUACAAGGCAGGAAACGUUGGUACUUGUUCAGUCCUAAUCAAACAGACUGCAUGUAUCCUACAAGGAUACCAUAUGAAGAGUCAAGUAUUUACAGUGAGGUAAAUGUUAGAUAUCCUGAUCUUAAGAGGCAUCCAAUGUUUCAGAAAACUACUCCAUAUGUCAUUGAGCUGGUGCCUGGGGAUGUGCUUUAUGUACCAAGACAUUGGUGGCAUUUUGUAGAAUGUUUGGAACCAUCUAUAAGCAUUAAUACAUGGGUUCCUGUGAUAGAGGAUGCUGAGUCACAUUUGGAAGAAUCAGUAACUAGAUUAUUGUAUACAUGUUUGUCAACUACCUUACUUAGUGAAACAGAGAGAAAAACAUAUCUCAAUACAGGGGAGGAGCUACAAAGUAAUGAUGUUAAUUUCCAUUACUUACAGAAUACUGUCAAAACUUAUCUUAGCCAAAGCUUUCAUGAGCGUGACUUGAAUACUGUUGAACUAUCCUCUGCUGAAACAAAACAAGAUAAGUUGACUGAAAAUAGAUAUUUGUCAGAAAACUUUAGUAAUAACUGGCGGAAGUUUUGUGACAAGUUUCAGGAUUAUACUGUCAAUGUAGUGUGUCUUUGUGGUAUUGAUAUACAUGAAAAUAAACAACAUACCAAAACGUUUCAUAGAAAAAGGAAAAAUCCUACAGAAUAUGAAAAUACGAAAGUUAAGGAGGAGAAAACAUUUGAUCAAAAUGAAAUAAGAAUUAAACAAAGAAAAACUGAGUUAGGAAAAGAUGUUGUUUCUAGAGAAUCAGAAAAGAAGAGCAAUGAUACAGAGGAUAUACAUGAUGAGAUAGAAACUAGUAAUGUAUCAGAUCAAUUGAUGAGUAGCAGACGAGGACCUGAGACAGAUAUUAAACAUGGAAUAGAAAAAGAAGCAACUUUAUUAUCAAAGCUUAAAGAUGAUUCAUUGCGUUCUCAAUACAGUCUCUCAAAAGUGAAGACAAAUAAAUCUGUUAUUGAAAUUUAUGCAGCUAAAUCUUUAACAUUCAACGAAUAUCUAAAAUUUCUUAGAAUAGUAUUUGAUUUUGAACUGGAAUCUGAAGAUAAUUGUGAAAAUAAUGUUUUGAAUAGUACAAAAGAAGCUGUUGAUAAAAAUAUUAAAGUUUGUGACUCAGAAAAUAUGCAUAGCAAUAUUAAAAGAGAACCAACAAUAGAUAGAAAUAACUAUCAUUCUGACUCAAGAGAUACAAAUACUGGUGAUAUUAAUCUUAUUUUUGAUGAAGAUAAGGACAUAAACAUUAGCACUGCUGAUGUCAUUAAUAGUAUUCUUGAUCCAGGUGUUGUCAAACAUAUUGGGCAAGUUUUAAUGAGUAAAAUUAGAAGAUGAGUAAAUAAAUACAUGUAAAGGUGUAUGUUAACUUCUUUUAAUUUAAUAUUAUGAUACGGUUCUCAAGUAUGAAAGUGAAUAUAUUUUAUACAAAAAAAAUGUUAAGGUCAAAUAGAUUUGAUAUAUUUAUAAUCAUUAUAAAGUUAAUUAGAUAAAAAAAGUUUCUCUCAGCAUGUUAGCUUUAGGUAAAAGGUUUAACUUCAUGUAUUAGAUAUAAAUUUGCCAUACAACCUAGUGUUGCACAAUGUGUGGAUUUACAUUGAGAUUCAGUAACUUUAUAGAAAAACUGAAAAUGAGUACAUUGUAUUUAAAUCCUGGUAUUAGGGGUAGUUUGUUAUAACUUUUGAAAAAAUAAUUAAAAUGAUAUCUGACAAUAUUUGAAGCAUUUUAGCAGUCAUGUAAAACAGACAUUUUUCUAAAAUUUGGAGCCACAUUCUUAUAAUACUGUUACAGGUUAGUGUUAGUGAUCCUUAACAUGAGUUAUCUAGAAUGUGAAACCUUUUACAUGCAUUGAUGAAACUUUGUAUUAUUAAACAUGGGAAUGCAUUUUCAUAUAAUUAUUCAUAGAUCAAAAUAAGGCAUGUUUGUUUGUCUCUUUGUUA